AUGCAAGCAAUGUUUUGGCGGCAAUAAACAGCUUCACGUUGCGAAUGUAGCGGUGUUUGCAUAAAUAACUUGAUUGGCCUUAGUGAUUUUGUUUAUUAUCGCAAUGGAGGGCUUCGACGACGCUGGCGUGUUUUUCUCCGACAAUUUUGGAAACGAUCAAAACCCAGAUGGAGCCCAAAUAAAUUUACAAGCAGUAAAAAAGAAGUAUAAGGAAUUCAUUCGUACAUUCAACGAAGAUAAUUUUUUUUAUAAAUAUCGAGAUAACUUAAAGCGAAACUAUCUCAAUGGACGUUACUUUUUGGAAAUUGAAAUGGAGGAUGUGGUUGGUUUCGAUGAGGCCCUUGCCGACAAAUUGAACAAGCAACCUACUGAGCAUUUGCAGAUCUUUGAAGAGGCUGCACGGGAGGUAGCUGAUGAAAUAACGGCACCUCGACCCGAACAUGAAGAGCAAAUGCAUGACAUACAAAUACUGCUGAUGUCCAGUGCCAAUCCCACAAAUAUACGUGAAUUGAAGUCAGACAGCGUAUCGCGAUUGGUUAAAAUUGCCGGCAUAAUUGUUGCAGCAUCUGGUAUUCAGGCAAAGGCAACUCGGAUGUCGAUUAUGUGUCGCUCAUGUAGCACUGUGAUUCCGAAUUUGAAAGUCAAUCCAGGACUUGAGGGUUAUGCUCUGCCGCGUAAAUGUAAUACCGAACAGGCUGGCAGGCCCAAAUGUCCAUUGGAUCCUUUCUUUAUAAUGCCGGACAAAUGUAAGUGCGUUGAUUUUCAAACACUAAAACUGCAAGAGCUGCCAGAUUUUGUGCCACAGGGCGAGAUUCCGCGUCAUUUGCAAUUGUUUUGCGAUCGCUCACUAUGCGAACGUGUUGUGCCUGGCAAUCGCGUGCUUAUACAGGGUAUUUAUUCUAUACGUAAGGUUGGAAAGCCAUCGCGUCAAGAUGGUCGCGAAAAAGCUGUUCUUGGAGUUCGUGCUCCAUAUAUGCGUGUAGUCGGCAUAACCGUCGAUGCAGAGGGAGCUGGUGCAGUUUCUCGUUAUACAAACAUAUCCACCGAGGAAGAGGAAAACUUCCGACGCUUUGCUGUAUCAUCAGAUAUAUAUGAUCGCCUGUCAAAAUCUUUGGCACCAAGUAUUUUUGGUUCCAAUGACAUUAAGAAGGCCAUAACGUGCAUGCUCUUUGGUGGAUCCCGAAAACGACUCCCGGAUGGUCUUUGUCGUCGUGGUGAUAUUAAUGUAUUACUCUUGGGAGAUCCGGGUACUGCUAAGUCGCAGCUCCUUAAGUUCGUCGAAAAGGUGGCGCCUAUUGGAGUCUACACGUCUGGAAAGGGCUCAAGCGCAGCUGGUCUCACGGCUUCUGUUAUGAAGGAUCCGCAUACGCGUAAUUUUGUUAUGGAAGGUGGCGCUAUGGUUCUCGCAGAUGGUGGCGUAGUUUGUAUAGAUGAGUUCGACAAAAUGCGUGAAGACGAUCGCGUUGCUAUUCAUGAAGCAAUGGAACAGCAAACAAUUUCCAUAGCGAAAGCUGGUAUUACAACCACACUAAAUUCGCGUUGCUCAGUGCUUGCGGCUGCCAACUCAAUAUUUGGGCGUUGGGAUGAUACGAAAGGCGAGGAAAACAUUGAUUUCAUGCCGACAAUUCUUUCACGUUUCGACAUGAUAUUUAUUGUAAAAGAUGUACACGACGAGGCACGAGACAUUACUUUGGCGAAGCAUAUAAUAAAUGUGCAUCUGAGCUCGAACAAGUCAGCGCCUGCCGACCCUGCAGAAGGUGAAAUUUCAUUGUCUAUGUUCAAGAAAUAUAUCCAUUAUUGCCGAACUCAUUGCGGUCCACGACUAAGUGAAGCUGCUGGUGAAAAACUAAAAAGUCGUUAUGUUCUAAUGCGAAGUGGCGCUGGACAGCAGGAAAAGUCGGCAGAUAAAAGGCAUUGUAUUCCAAUUACUGUGCGUCAGUUGGAAGCUAUCAUUCGAAUUUCCGAAUCAUUGGCGAAAAUGCGUUUGUUACCUUUUGCUACGGAUGAACAUGUAAAUGAAGCGCUUCGGCUGUUCCAAGUAUCUACUCUUGAUGCUGCUAUGACUGGUAGUCUAGCUGGUGCAGAAGGAUUUACUACAGAGGAAGAUCAAGACACUUUAAAUCGUAUAGAAAAGCAACUUAAACGUCGAUUUGCUAUCGGAUCUCAGGUUUCUGAACAAAAUAUUUUACAGGACUUUUUGCGCCAAAAGUAUGAGGAGCGGACUAUAAUGAAAGUCAUUCAUACGAUGAUUCGGCGCGGAGAGCUUCAGCAUAGAAUGCAACGGAAGAUGUUAUAUCGCAUUUGCUGAACAGGUCACAGGUCAACAAAUCUUGGAUUAUUAAUAACAAACCGAUU